AUGGGGGGUGAAAUACUAAAGAAAAAGGGUAUAUAUGUGAGCUUAGAGAGGGCGAGACAGAGAAGGGAAAGGUACUCUGGUGAUGUUAAGACUGAGAUCACUGGCGUACUUUAUCAUGAGAGGACACAUAUUUGGCAAUGGAAUGGUAAUGGUCAAGCUACGCGAGGAUUGAUUGAAGGAAUUGCCGAUUAUGUGACGCUAAAGGCUGGGUAUGCGCCUAGCCAUUGGGUUCAGCCAGGACAAGGGGACAGAUGGGACCAAGGGUACGACGUGACGACCCGAUUCUUUGACUAUUGUAAUGGUCUUAGAGAUGGGUUUGUGGCCGAACUUAAUAAGAAGAUGAGAGAUGGAUAUAACGUUGGUUUUUUCGUUGACUUGUUAGGAAAGACGGUUGAUCAACUAUGGGCCAAAUACAAAGCUACUUAA